UCCACCAUGGACAAUACCCAGGCCACGUAAGCCGCCUUAUAUGGAAAAACUUCUUGGAGUCAAACUGAACUAGUGAAGUAUUUGUUAUGCCUUUCACUGUUUCACUACUCGGCACUUGACUCUCACACAUCACCAACCUAGCUCUUUCUUCUGUUUCCUCUAUCAUAUCCACAUAAACUCCUAGUUUCUAUAAUUAUUCAGACCCUUUUAAGUCCCCUACCCAACUCUUAAGAAUCGAACAAGCUUUACCCAUUAAGCUAGCUAUUGCACUCACACAAUCUCUUACUUUCGAUCAUGAAAACCUUAUUCAUAUUAAACGCCCAUAACAUCUUUAUUUUCAUCUUUCUCUUAUUUCUAAGUACUAUAUUCAAAGUUUCAGGCAGCUCCACCGCCGGAGUACCCCAGAUCUCCAAACUCAAUAUCUCUAAAACCAAUCCUCCUAUAAAACGAACCCCAGAAAUUCCAUCCACCACCCCAACCCUCCUACAAUCCAAAAACUGCAACAAGGUCAAAACGGUAAAGGUAUUUAAACCCAUCGCCCUUGCAUCAUCGGCAGCUUUAUUAACAAUAUUCCUCUUUCUUCUGGGUUUUACUAUGUUUUGGAGACUAAGGAGAAGAGAACAUCAACAGAUAAACGACGAAGAGAAACCAGCUCCUGGAGUUGUCGUAACGGUGAAGAAACAACAACACUGCCGUCGUUUUACGCUCGAUGAGAUUCGAUCCGCAACCCACAACUUCGACCCCGACCUCAAAAUAGGAGACGGGGGGUACGGAAGAGUUUACAAGGGUUACAUAGACAACGACAAAGAAAAUCCCGUAGCGGUCAAAGUAUUGAAGUCAAUGUCAAAUUCAUUGUCGAUGAUCCAGGUGAUUCAUGAGUUCUGGCUGGAAAUUGAAACGAUUUCGAAACUCCGCCACCCUAAUCUGGUCCCUCUAAUCGGUUACUGUGACGAUGAACAGUUCAUGAUCAUUGUUUAUGACUACAUGUCUCACGGAACACUCCGGGAUCAUCUUUACGGAACGAGUGAUUCGUUUUUGACAUGGAAAGAGAGGUUAGCAAUCUGUAUUGGUGCUGCUCGUGGGUUGGCUUACCUUCAUGCAGGGCCGGAGCGUGGGAUAAUCCACCGUGACAUCAAGACUACCAAUAUUCUUCUGGACGAGAAUUGGGUUGCGAAGGUUUCUGACUUUGGGCUUUCGAGAAUGGGCCCAGAAAGCCCAUCAAAAAGCCAUGUUACUACUACAGAUGCGAGGGGAACUUUUGGGUACUUGGAUCCGGAAUACUUUCGAACAAGGCAUCUCAAUGCGAAAUCUGAUGUUUAUGGGUUCGGCGUGGUGCUUUUUGAGGUGUUGUGUGGUAGGGCUGCUGUGGAUAUGAACCUUGAUGAAGAGCAACAAAGCUUGGCCCAAUGGGCUAAGUAUCAUGUGAAGAAUGGAACGCUUGAUCAAAUUAUAGAUGAGAAGUUGGGGAGGGAGAUUCGGCCCGAGUGUUUGAAGGUGUAUGGUAAGAUAGCUCAUAGAUGCUUGCGUAGCGAAAGAAAACGACGGCCGAAGAUGACCGAUGUGUUGAAGGCUCUUGAGUAUGCACAGGGGGCGCAGGAGGGUGAUCCUGUAGCCGUGGAGGAGGGGAUCAAAAUUAGUGAGUCUAAUAGCAUUGAUGAAAGCUUUUCCUGUUGGGAUGGUGGAAAUCAGGUGGUUCUAAGCCCACCGUGUAAGGAUAUUGUGGUGCAUUCUUGUCCAACGGUUUACGAGAAAACAAAGUCUCAAAAAAUGUUACUUAGAUUUUUUAGUGAGAAGGCGCGGGGGUUUAAAUGGGCCACGCAACCUACAUCUCGUGCUGUCAAGGCUUUGUGUUUCACGUGUUCGUAUACACUUAAGGAUCAUUGUGAAAGGAAAUAUGACCCUGUGCAAUGAUAUGCUUAUUCAAUUGUAACUGUAACUGAAUAAUGAAAAUAAUAACUUUGCUCUUAUAGAUUGAAUACAAGAAGGAUCACCAAUACAACGUUUAAGUUCUAUGAAAGAAAAUGAUCAAUAGUUCCACAUAUAAUUGGCGACAAUUGUAAAUGAUCAAUCAAUAAAAACUUCGCUUGUAGUUUUCUUAUUGAAUAAUCCAUGUUGUAUA